AAUGGAGGCUUAUCUGCAGUGCCAUACCUUUGUCAGUUUUUCUCUGCUAUAUUUGCCGGACAGUUUGCAGAUUUCCUUCGGUCACGACAAAUCCUCUCCACCACUUUAACUCGAAAAUCAUUUCAAACUUUCGCAUUUGCUGGCGCUGGAGGGUGUUUAAUUGGUACGGGAUUUUGUGACUGUGAGCACAGAACACUUGCUGUUACGUUAUUGUCUCUAGCUGUAAUGUUUACUGGGUUUGGUCGAGCUGGUUAUGUGGUUAAUCACGUUGACUUUGCACCAAAGUAUGCAGGUGUUCUAUUUGGAAUCACUAACACUAUUGCAACUAUUCCCGGAAUGACUGCACCACUUCUGGCCGGCUAUCUCACUCCAAAUAAUACGCCUGAAGAAUGGAGGAACGUGUUUUAUGUAUGUGCUGGAUUUGAUGCAUUUGGUAUUCUUAUAUUUUGUAUAUUUGGAUCUGGAGAGAUGCAGGACUGGGCAAGAGAUGAAGAUUUUGAAGCGGAUAUACAAGUGGGGACGACUGAUAACGACGAGACAAAGACAACAAGUUUGGAGGACGAACAUGUUGAAACAACUAUCGACUCCACUACUCAAAAUAUCAAUUACGGAUUUGAAGAACAAAAAGAAAAUACAAAUCUUUGAGCAUUUCUUUAUCUGUAAACAUUUAGACCCUGCAAUCUUGGGCUUCAUAUUGUCAUGUAUUUUGACUAUUAAAAUCUAUCCAUAGG